UUGGGACGUCUUUUGUGAUCGGUUCGAGUUCUUUCCCGACCUUGUUGCAGAGGUGUCUGGCAAUUGGGUGAACUAAUCACUUACUCUAAGCGUACUAAUUGGCGCGCAUGUUUUCUAGGUCACACGUCAGGCAUCUUCUACUCCUUCACUGACGCACCGAUAUCGCCAUUGUCCGAUCUCACGCACGGUUCUUUCCUUUGGUCUUGCGGCAGGAUCGUCAUCUAAGCUUUGCAUGCCCUCGCACUUGUUUGGCGAUCUGAUCUGGUAUUCCCGUAUGGAUACUUCUUGCAUAUCUCCGCAAGGGUACAAUAGAAUUUCUUUGCUGAUCAGGCAAAAGUUCGCUGUCACUGUCGCUUGGAGAAAUGGUUCUCGGAUCCUGGGGUCUGUUCUAUCGACGUAUCAAACCACCACUGGAUUGGCUAGACAGGCAAGUCUAGCGGUGUCUUUGUGUGACAUUCUAUGUUACGCUCUCAUAAUGUGUGGCACAGUCUCGGUGCCACUAUGUCAUGCCUUCUGUGCACGGGGCGGGCAUGAGCCGCUCGGCACAAAGCAGCAUGGUCUGUAUGAAUGGCAGUUGGCUUGGUAUCCAAGCCUCUCAUAUAUACUCCAUGAUCAAAGCUACUGGAUCUGAGGUCUACAGCUUGAAAGCCUUGGCAUGCCACCAGCCAUGGAGAAUUCACGGUACUACCCAUUAAGAGCGCUUCCGUAGCUAGCGUGUUUGGUAUUGGGGUACCG